UCCUCGGCUGUAGCAGCAGGAGCCCCAGCCCCCGCCCUGACCCGGCAGCAGGUGCCUUCUCAGCCGGCUCCACCCGCUCGGUGCUCUUCCCUUCCCAAGCACACAGCUCACCUUCCUUCUCUUGGCCAAGGUCCUCAGCCCCUUCAACCCUCACCCGCGCCCCAGCCUCUCUCCAGUCCCCUCCAAAUGCAGGCUGCUGCCACCCUCCCCGAGGAGAUCCGUUGGCUCUUGGAAGAUGUGGAAGAUUACCUGGUGGAAGGUUUGCAGAAUGAGAACCUUAGUACCAGUGCAUGGGAGAGCAGAGAUGCAAUUUUACGGGGCUUCCAGCAGAUCAAAGCCAGAUACCGCUUGGAUUUCCAGCCCCGAGGAGGUGACCAACCUGAAAAUUACUUUGGGCAAGACAGCUCUGAAGACACUCCCAGUGGGACUCAUGGCCCUGGUUUAAUGUCAGAUGCAUCUUUUAUGUCAGAUUAUCAAGAUGAAGAAAUGGAAGAGAUCAUUACAAAAGGGGCCCAGGAGCUGGAGGACAUUAUAAAGCAGGGCUACUUGGAGAAGAAAUGCAGAGAUCAUGGUUUCUUCGGCUCCGAGUGGCAGAAGCGAUGGUGUGUUGUCAGUAAAGGAAUCUUCUACUACUACUCUAAUGAGAAAAGUAAGCAGCCCAAAGGGACCCUUUUCAUCAAGGACUACAGCGUACAGAUGGCCCCCCACCUGCGACGAGAUUCCAAGAGGGAGUCCUGCUUUGAGCUGACCUCACUGGACAGACGCAGCUAUGAGUUUACAGCUAUUAAUCCAGCUGAAGCCAGAGAUUGGGUGGACCAAAUAAGUUUCUUGCUGAAGGAUCUGAACUCUUUAACCAUCCCUUUUGAAGAAGAGGAAGAGGAGACGUAUGAUGAUAUUGAUGGCUUUGACUCCUCAAAUACCAGUGCACACUGCAAACCUGUUAUCUUUCCUGGGAAUCUGGGGAAAAAAGAAACUGGGAUGGAGGAGGACCAGGAGGAGGAAGAAAAGGAAGAGGACAUUUAUGAAGUGCUGCCAGAUGAAGAGCUUGAUCUGGUUGAAGACAACAGUGGAAGUCAGCCAAAAAGAGGAAACUAUGCUAAUUAUUACCAGGGGCUAUGGGACUGUUCCAGCGACCAUCCAGAUGAGUUGCCCUUCCAGCGAGGUGAUGUCAUCCGAAUCCUGAGCAAGGAGUAUAACAUGUAUGGCUGGUGGGUAGGAGAACUGAACAACCUCAUCGGGCUCGUUCCAAAGGAAUAUCUCACAUCUGCCUUUGAAGUGGAAGAAAGAUGAAGCCUACCAGCACCUGGCACCUCCAGACAGGCAAAGCAGCAUCAAGUAAAUUAUACCUAAGCAGGUAUGUGCCGAGACCUGAGAGAAGAGCUGGUGGGCCAAGCCUUUCGGAAGACACCCUCUCUGCCAAUGGUUAACCCGAGCAGUGCACUCCCCUGCCCGAUGUGGAAGGGAAGGGCUGCCAGGCACAGCUCUCAGUCAUUAUUUCCAUGCUGAUAAAUUCAUGAUUUAUUAAAGUAACUUACCACCAA